AUGCUUGGGCUGUCGGACAGCCGCACCUCUCCCGCUCCUCCUAUUCAUGCUGGGGACCAAGUGCUGAUAAAUGCAGAACAUAUCGACACCUCCCAAAAAUCCAAAAAACUCGCCUUCCGCUUCAUCGGCCCAUACACCGUCACUGCCCAAUUAGGCCCGGUCAACUUCCGCGUCCAUAUCCCCAACUCCUCUCGCCACGAUGUAUUCCACGUCGACCGUCUCCGCCCUUACGUCGACCCAGAGUCAUUCCCACAUCGGCCCACGCUGGAUCGCCCCCCUCCCGAGUUAGUGGACAGUAACGCGUAUCUUGUGAGUAAGAUCCUCGAUUCCGCACGCAAGAGACGCAAGCUGUUCUACUUAGUUGAAUGGGAGGGCUACGGCCCCGAGGACCGCGAAUGGGUCCGAGCCUCCGAGUUCCACCCCGACGACACCCUGGUCGAACACUUCCGCGCGGAAAAUCCCACCAAGGAAACACACACAACCAGGCGUCAGGCGUAG